AUGGCUGCAGUAAACUCCGGCGACAAUAAAACAAACCAAAAGACCAUCAAAAAAGCAGUUAAUUGUCUACUAAAAUGGAAGAAAACCCAAAUCACCGAUCAAAAAACCUCAAAUCCCGAUGAUUUCAUCUACCUUUUACUAACUUUAAAAAAAAUCCCACAUAAAGAUUUCACAAAAUCCCCUAAAGCAAUACACAUUCCCCACUCUUUACACACUUCGCCGGAAUCUUGCCGGAGUUGCCUCAUAAUCGACGACCGGCCAAAACCCAACUCCCAAAAACUCACAUUUGAAUUCACUGAUAAAAAGAUUAAAUCUUUAGGAAUGCCCAUAUCAAAAGUCUUGAAAUUUUCCAAGCUUAAGUCAGAUUUCAGAUCAUUUGAUUCAAAAGUUGAACUUUUUAAUACACAUGAUGUGUUUUUAGCUGACCGGAGAAUUGUUGGGGUGUUGCCGGAGGUUUUGGGGAAGGUAUUUUAUAAGAAAAAGAAAAAGAUUCCGGUGCCUGUCGAAUUACGGAGAGACGGGGAUUGGAAAGAGGAGAUUGAAAAAGGGUUUAGGUGUUCUUUGUUAUGGUUAAGUAAUGGGACUUGUAGUGCUGUUAAAGUUGGUAAGUUUGAUGGAAUGAAUGUUGAUGAGAUUGUUGAUAAUGUAGUGGCUGCUAUUAGUAAUGUGGUUGAAGUUGUUCCUAAGAAAUGGGGUGGGGUGAAAUCUUUUCAUUUGAAGUUUUUUGAUUCAUUGGCUUUACCUGUCUAUGAGGUUCCUGAAAAAGAGGUAGUAAUGGAAACUUGA